GUACUGAAUGCCCCUCCCGUGGGCGGGGUUAGCAAAGCGGCGUUCCUAACCGGGGGUGAGCAUCUGGUUUAGUAGGCGCUGAACUGCUGUGCUUGUGCUGCGUAGCCUCACCCCGGCACUGUAGGGGGUGCCCCCACUGGUUUCCCGACGUUAGGAAAGUCCACUCGACUAAAGGCAAUGGCUUUCGCCAACUUCCGCCGCAUCUUGAAGCUGUCUAACUUUGAGAAAAAGCGUCUGAGGGAGUACGAGCACGUCCGGAGAGACCUGGACCCCAACCAGGUGUGGGAAAUCAUUGGGGAGCUGGGAGAUGGUGCCUUCGGCAAGGUGUACAAGGCCAAGAAUCGGGAAACUGGCAUUUUAGCAGCUGCCAAAGUCAUUGACACCAAGAAUGAGGAGGAACUGGAAGACUACAUGGUUGAAAUUGAAAUUUUGGCCACCUGCAACCACCACUUUAUCGUCAAACUGCUUGGAGCCUUCUAUUGGGAGGGGAAACUUUGGAUAAUGAUUGAGUUUUGCCCAGGAGGAGCUGUGGAUGCAGUAAUGCUUGAACUUGAUCGUGGACUAAAAGAACCAGAGAUCAAAACCAUCUGUAGGCAGAUGCUGGAAGCCUUGGCAUACCUCCACAGUAUGAAGAUCAUCCACAGAGACCUGAAAGCAGGAAAUGUGUUGCUAACACUAGAUGGUGAAAUCAAGCUUGCGGAUUUUGGAGUGUCAGCAAAAAAUGUCAAGACUUUGCAAAGAAGGGAUUCGUUUAUAGGGACACCAUAUUGGAUGGCUCCAGAAGUGGUGAUGUGUGAGACCAUGAAGGAUUCUCCUUAUGACUACAAAGCAGAUAUCUGGUCUCUAGGAAUUACUCUCAUAGAAAUGGCUCAGAUUGAGCCCCCUCACCAUGAGCUCAACCCCAUGCGGGUUUUGCUGAAGAUAGCCAAAUCUGAGCCCCCUACCCUUUCUUCCCCUUCCAAGUGGUCUCCGGAAUUCCACGAUUUCCUGAAGACGGCACUAGAUAAGCAUCCUGAAACCAGGCCAAGUGCUGUGCAGCUACUGGAGCAUCCCUUUGUGAAGAAAGUAUCUGUUAAGCCUCUGCGGGAACUGGUAGCAGAAGCCAAGGCAGAAGUGAUGGAUGAAAUAGAAGAACACGGAGAAGCAGAGGAGGAAGAUGCCUCCGACAAGCUUAGUCCAAACGCGAAGAGUGUCAGCCAAAGCGCACAUGUGGAAAAAGGCAAAGAUAUAGAGAAAGAACAAGUGGGUAAUGGGAUAAAACCCCACUCUGUGCCACAGAACACAGAUUCCCAAGCAGACAAGUAUUCACAGAAAAGAAACAAUGAAGUUAAGAAUGGUCCUGAAAAUGGUAGACCUGAUUCUGUGAAUGGGAAGCCCGACAUAAUAAUCUUGAACCCCAUGAGCAACAACCUUGAGCCAAAGAGAAAUUCAACAGCCGAGAGUUACAGAGAUGAGGAGCGUAGUUCAGCAUCCAACCAGAGGCCACGGAGCGGUCAGUCUGGGGAACUGGUGCCCAAUGGAAGCUUUGAUUCCCCUACACGUUACUUCACCAACUGGUCCAAGAGGGAUUCUGAUUCGGGCAGCAAUUCUGCUUCUGAAAGCAUGGACAUCAGUAUGAAUUUGUCUGCGGACCUGUCCAUUAACAAAGAGACUGGCUCUCUGUCACUCAGGGAAAAUCGCCUGCACAAAAAGACCUUGAAGCGAACAAGGAGGUUUGUUGUGGAUGGUGUAGAAGUGAGCAUCACUACCUCAAAGAUCAUCGGUGAGGAUGAGAAGAAAGAUGAGGAGAUGCGCUUCCUGAGACGCCAGGAGCUGCGUGAAUUGAGACUACUACAGAAGGAGGAGCACAGGAACCAGGCUCAGCUGACCUCUAAGCACUCAUUCCAACUGGAACAGAUGUUGCGUCGCUUUGAACAAGAAUUGAAUAGUAAGAGGAAGUUUUAUGACACAGAACUAGAAACUCUUGAGCGGCAUCAGAAACAGCAGAUUGAGCGGAUGGAACAAGAGCACGCACUGCGCAGACGAGAUGAGGCCAAGCGCAUCAAGACUGAGCAAGAACGAGACCAUGGCAAAUUUUUGGAGCAGCUCAAGUUGAAGAAAAAGGAGUUAAAAACACAUGUGGAGAAACUCCCCCGCCAGCAGCGCAGAGAAACGAUGAAAGUACAAAUGGACGACUUUGCUCAGAAGAAGCACAUAGAGGAACAGCACUUCUUAAGUAGGCAGAAGGAGCAUUUGACCCUGGCCCUGAGAGUGAUUGUUCUGGAGAACAGGAAGGAGAUCUAUAACAAGGAGCGGGAAUUCCUUAACAAAAAGCAACAACUUCUCAGAGACAGGGAAGGGGUUGUCUGGGAUCUGGAGGAGCGACACUUGCAGGAGAGACACCAGCUAGUGAAGCAGCAGCUGAAAGACCAGUAUUUCCUACAGCGACAUGAGCUGUUAAGGAAACAUGAAAAGGAGCAAGAACAGAUGCAGAGAUACAACCAGCGAAUGAUGGAGCAGCUAAAGUUGCGCCAGCAACAGGAGAAGGCCCGUCUGCCAAAAAACCAAAAAGCGGAGGCAAAGACCCGUAUGACUAUGUUCAAGAAGAGCCUGCAUAUUAGCCCAAGCGGCAGUGCUGCAGAGCAGAGAGAGAAGAUAAAGCAGUUUUCAUUGCAAGAGGAAAAGAGACAGAAAGCAGAGAGGUUGCAGCAACAGCAGAAGCACGAGCACCAGUUAAUGGAGAUGCUUGCGGAGUGUGACUGCAACAUCCGAGAUCUUCUGCAAAUGCAGAAUGAAAAGUGCCACCUGCUGGUAGAACACGAGACGCAGAAACUGAAGUCCUUUGAUGAGCAGCAUAUUCAGUUGAUCAGAGAAUGGAGAGAAAAUCUUAGACCGCGAAAAAAGGCUCUUGAGGAUGAAUUAGAACAGAAAAAGGAGGAGCAAGAAAUGUUCUUUAAGAUGAAUGAAGAAGUGGCAGGUGAUCCAUUCCCCUCUAACAAGCCGACCAGGUUCUAUUCCUUCAGCUCUCCUGAGGCCUCCUAAUUUCAUCCCCUAGAAGACAACUUUAUAAACUAAAGGCCAAAAGCUACUUGGCUUUCCUCAUGCUCUUCCAUUUGGCUGCUCAGCGAGAAUUUGAAAUGACAAAGUGUGGACAAUGGAAGGGAACAGAGGCACCUUGGUCUGAAGGAUGUGUUAUGAAGGGGGAGCUCUAUUCAUGGGAAAAAAGAAUCCUGUUGUUGUAAUAUGCAUUAGCCUAGAGAACAAACCUCUGUACUUUAUUUACUGAAUUCAGUGCUUACAAACCAGCUAUCAAUCAUUUCUAAAAUGUAUGUAUAUUGGGUCAUGCAGACAAGCAGCUCAGCCCCAGACAUUCUGGGCUCAGACUAUGAUAGUACUCAAAUUAAAGGAAUGCCUUUCUCCCUAAA